CGUAAACAGAAGUCAAAUCAGCACAAGACGGUCCACAUAUAGCCUACGUUGUGGCCUGGAUAUUAAGUGUCCCUUAAAAUAACAAUGAAUAUAUGCUUGUAGGAUGUGUUUGGAAAGCAGUUUUGAGGUUCCGCGCAGACGCACUGACGUCACUGACAUCGAGGUAUCAAGAGAGAAGAGAAAGCAGCAGGAGAAAGCAACAGCGGACAGUAUCCAUAAUUGUAUCAACACCAGAGAGCUCCUUUCGCAUCUCCUGUAUAAAACGUUACCUCUACAGCAGUGCUAAGAUGGCCACCUCCUCCCCCAGUCUUGAAGAAGAUGAGAGUCUAAGGGGCUGUGAAGUUUUUGUGCAGAAAUACAACAUCCAACAGAUUCUCAAAGAGUGCAUUGUGAAUUUGUGCAUCGCCAAACCUGAGCGUCCUAUGAAGUUCCUACGGGAACACUUUGAAAAGCUGGAGAAGGAAGAAAGCAAGCAAUUCUUGGCACGACAGAAGUCUAACUCUCAAUCAGACUCGCAUGAUGAAAUUUCUCCUCCUCCUCUAAACCCAGUGGUGAAGGCCAGACGCAGGAGAGGGGGGGUCAGCGCAGAAGUCUACACAGAGGAGGAUGCAGUCAGCUAUGUCAGGAAGGUAAUCCCAAAGGACUACAAGACAAUGACAGCCUUGGCUAAGGCCAUUUCUAAGAAUGUGCUGUUUGUCCAUUUGGAUGACAAUGAGAGGAGUGACAUAUUUGAUGCCAUGUUCCCUGUCACACACAUUGCUGGAGAAACAGUCAUUCAACAAGGUGAUGAAGGGGACAACUUUUACGUAAUUGACCAAGGAGAAGUUGAUGUAUAUGUGAAUGGUGAGUGGGUGACCAGUAUUGGAGAGGGUGGCAGUUUUGGGGAGCUAGCUCUGAUAUAUGGAACUCCACGUGCUGCCACUGUUAAAGCUAAGACUGAUCUCAAGCUUUGGGGUAUAGACCGUGACAGCUACCGGCGCAUUCUUAUGGGCAGUACACUGAGAAAGAGGAAGAUGUAUGAAGAGUUCCUGAGUAAGGUGUCAAUCCUUGAAUCUCUGGAGAAGUGGGAAAGGCUGACAGUGGCUGAUGCUUUGGAGCCUGUACAGUUUGAAGAUGGUGAAAAAAUUGUGGUGCAAGGAGAACCAGGGGAUGACUUCUUCAUCAUCACAGAGGGGACAGCAUCUGUCCUGCAGCGCAGAUCUGACAAUGAGGAGUAUGUAGAGGUAGGCCGCCUUGGACCCUCUGACUACUUUGGUGAGAUAGCACUGCUCUUGAACAGGCCACGUGCAGCCACUGUGGUGGCCAGAGGUCCAUUGAAGUGUGUAAAGCUGGAUAGGCCACGCUUUGAACGUGUUUUAGGGCCCUGCUCUGAAAUCUUGAAGAGAAACAUCCAGAGAUAUAACAGCUUCAUCUCCCUCACUGUCUGAGCCACCACAUCCAUGGCCUCAAGGCUUGGUUACAUGAAAUAGUUCAGGAUAAUUCAGUUUACAUUUACUUAAAGGGUUUCAGCUUGCUUCUAUGUGACUCUAUGUAACCAGGCUUCUGUUCUUGUUUUUUUUUUUUUGCAAUACAUUUUUUUUUUGACAAAGAUUGAAUGAUGGUAUGCAAACUGUAGGCAUUAUUCAGCAUAUUUUUGUGCAUUUUAAUUUACGUAAUUGUAUAUUGCCUUUUUAUUUAGGGUUUUGGUUCUUGCUCCAUAUUGUGUGUCAUUGAAUUGGUGUGUGUGUGUGUGUGUGUGUGUGUGUGUGUGUGUGUGUGUGUGUGUGUGUGUCUUUUUCUGAAGACAAAUCUGAGCUAUUCAGUCGUAAUAUGUUCUUAGUAAAAUCCCAUAUAAUUAGGGGAUCUAAGCAUGAAUCUCAAACUUUCCCUACAGUGGAUCUCCAAUUUAUAGUAAUAUGAAAAUUAGGUUUACAGGAGUGUUGUUCUGAAGUAAGACGUGUUUUUUUUUUUUUUUUUUUUUUUUUUCUUUCCUAUUCUGGAGAGUGUGCUUGCUCUAGCCUGAUGUUUCAUGAACACUUUCUGAAAUUACAUACAGUAUUUGUUGUUGGUUGUACAAUACCAUUAUUUGGUUGAGACUUUGGUUCAGGGAAAGAGUGAUUUUAGACAAUUUACAGAUUUGAUUCUGUGUAGUGUCAAUACACAAAAUGCAAAUGAAGACAUAUUCAUUCCAUUUUUUAAAGUCAAUAAAGAAACACACCUGAACAACACUGCAUCUUU